UUUGCGCGUGGUGAUGUUGUAGUGUUCAGCUCGCCGAGUCAUUACAAGGAAAGAUACAUAAAGAGGAUAGUGGGGAUUCCUGGGGAAUGGAUAAGUAGUACUGAGGAUGUGAUCAGAGUCCCAGAAGGACAUUGUUGGGUAGAAGGAGAUAAUAAAGCUUCCAGCUUAGACUCAAGAACCUUUGGCCCUAUUCCUUUGGGGUUAAUUCAAGGACGGGUCACUCGUGUUGUGUGGCCUCCUCAAAGACUAAGCAAACUUGGUGGAUAAAGCUACUGGAGAUGGAGAAGGGAGAAACGGUAAGUUUCUUCCCCCUCCACUCUAUGAAUAUUCUCUUCUUCAAGAUCCUUUGUUGAGGAAUCUGCUUUGAACUAAAGAAUGGUUUUGUCAGAAAGAUUGGAUUUUUUGUUUGUUUGUUUGUUUCCCAUUUGUUCACAAAUUUGUAAACCGGUUUUCUGGUGUUCAUUUUUAUAGAAUCAAAUGGAUCUAUUCGUCUCCAACUCUCCAUGUUGCUCUAGUGAUUCACUUUUU